CCAUGUCAUAAUGUACCAACAGUCCGCCAUUGUGUUACAUGUCCGGCUUGGAUUCUAACCUACAGAGACUAGUGAAUUUGCACGCCCAGAAUUGCCUCUCAUUCAGAGCUCUUAACUACCUGUGGUCGGCUUCGUUGGCACACCAUGGGACUGUUUUACAUUGCCUCGGUAUUAUCACUGAUCUGAUAACGUACUGGGCCAGGCCAGCAGUCGAUGAUAUCCAGCUUCUUCAACAACAGAUCCAACUUGACCUUGCCGGCGGG